CAGCCAUUGUCGUGCCUGACGGUUCAUAGAACAUAACAAAUAGAACACCUUUGUCUGGUGUGUGUUGAAUGCUAGCUAAAUUACAGGAUCCAUACUCCUGACCUGACGUCGGCUGGUGUCAGUUAUCGUCAGAGCUGAUAUUCCUCCUAGGGGUGUUUUCCCGCUGUUUGACAGUUUCCACCUCUGUUGCGGUUUUCUCCUCUGGGCUAAGCACGCUUGACGCCUCCCACUUUAGGGUUUGAUACGUAGACUCGCACCUACAGACCCUAUCGAUAUUCUUGCCAUGGCAGACGAAGGAUUGUCUAUGGCAGAGCAGGAAGCGCGACUGAAGAAGAAGUAUGGCGGAGCACUACCCAAGAAGAAGGGGCUCCUUUCCAAGGGUCACGAGAGAGCUUUUUUUGACUCAGCCGAGUGGGCAAUUCAAAAGCAAAAAGGCGAAGCUAAGCCUCCAGCAACCAAUGAGGGGAGCCUACAGCCAAAGCUAGAGCCUACACCACAUCAGCCCUUCCCAGCACGAAGAUCUUCGCUAUCAGAGCCCGAUCCAUGAAGCGUUGUAUAAGUCAAGCAUUUAGCAUUCUCACGAGCAUGCACUGUAGUAUCUUUAGCUUUGUUGAAGCUUGCUGAGCACUCUAUUCUGGAGGUGUAUGAUGAAACCUUGUGACAUAACUCUUCCAUAGCUGCAUAUAACAGUACUAUUUGAGGGCAAGCUGUAAUACUAGUAC